AUGCGCAUCCCAAUCCUCCCCGCCACGCUCUCCCUCCUCGCCUUCCUCUCCCCCGCCGCGGUCAUAGCACGCAUAACCGGCAUUUCCGCUCCCCGCAUUAUCAAACCCGGCGAGCCGUUCCAAAUUUCAGUCCUGACCCAAGACUACAUCCAAGCCGUCUACGACGUAGCAAUAGUCUUCGGGAUCUCCCCUGGGAGAGCCUACCCCAAUAGUCUCGGCAGCGUCAUUAGCUCUGAAUACCUGGGUCCCUCAAAGUCCAACACGGUGGAUACGCUGAACUUCACGGUGAUGAUGGAUGAGAGUACAACCAAGGGAAAGGCGAUUUUAACGGCGAGUUUGAUGAGCUUGUAUGGCGCGUUGCAUUCGCCGAUGUUGGAUAGCUUUAAUGUUACGGUGGAUUUGGGGGAUGCUACAAGUGCAGAGACGGUGGCUUCGGGUCCUUAA